UUCAGGAAUACGUAUGUAUUGCAUAAUGUAUUGACAGACUAUUACAUCAGUAAAUAACAUGCUUUCAAAAUAUUAAUGAAAACUUAUCAUCAAUUUCGAUACUAUGGAGCGACACUUUUAAGUCUUACAUUUUUAUUUAAAGUUUAAUUAUAAAAAACUAAAACAAAAUGCCGCUUCCAAGCACUGUUUUGGAUUUCACUUCAAGCGUGUCCAUUUUUUCGGAUAAAAGAGAUUACGCAUUCGACAACCGCCUCCGAUGGAACAGUAUAAAGACAUUUAUUUACUUAGCUUGCACAUAUUCAGGUUCGACAUACAAUUUCGAUUUAUUCUCCAAAAUUUGCGAAAAAGUGAGAAUAUAUGAAUUCGUUUUGUGCGAAGUGACGAUAGGCAUGCCUUAUUUGUUCAUGGAUAGUUUUAUUAAGCAAUACACGAAAAAAAAUGAUUGCAACAAACACUUGAAUCCGCUUCUACGGGGGAUAAGCUUCGGUUUGUUCCUACAAACUGCACUAUGGACAUUAUUAAACGCGGCGUACUUAGCGGACUCAAUGCGCUACCUAAUCUACAGCUUACAAGAAUACCCGUUGUGGACGAGAUGCCAAAAAGCGGAACAUUGUAUUCCGGUCCAAGACGUUAUAUCGAGAUGCCGCGAGAACAAUGUCACCAAGUUUUCCGUUACAUCAGCUCAUCUCAACUACAUGGAGACAUUUUCACAAGUUGACAGACACGUGUUGACUACGAAAUUGUUCAUAAUGGCAUUAGUCUGGAUAUUCAAUUUCUUUUUCUCUACCAUUCAAACCGAUUUAUUGAUUAAGUUGUUUCGUUUGACAGCUAUGUUUAGAUUAUUUUCAACACUUAUAACUGUUUUGUUUAUCGUGAUGACAACGAAGUCAUACGCUGCGACAGCUUUUGUACAAAUAUUGGAUAUAAAGGCACCUCACUCGUACACAUUAUCUAUAGAUCACAUUUCAUACACGUUUGGAAUUGGAUUUUUGGGACUGUAUGACUACGGGUCCGUGUCGCCUUAUACGAUGGUCGAUAAUGCUGUAGUCGCUUUUACGGUAGCAUUCACGACAUCCGCUUUAGUUCGAGCGUGGAUCGUGAGAAUAUUGUAUUUGGCCUUGAAAAGUUGCGUAGAAGUGGAAGAUUCUGUGAACCCGCAUUAUCUUGUAUUCGCUAUUUUACCUAUGAGCACUGAAUUUCUUCACACGCACAAAUUGUAUACGUUCUACAUAUAUUUUAACAUCAUGUUCGCUUCGAUGGCGUACCUCACGAUGUUGACGACAACCAUGUCUAAGCUAUUACAGAGCGAAUUCAGAUCCGUUAAAAACAUUUACAUUAUUGGGAUUCUUUGUUUUCUUGGAUUCAGUUUGUCCCUUCCAAUAAUAGUGUCCGUGAAAACAGCGGGUCCAAUAAAAGGUCUGUUAUCUGGAUUGAGAGCUACCGUUCUAUAUCUGGGUGGCUUCAGAGUGGCCGUAGUCAUGUGGGUGUACGGGGUACAGAGAUUUUCGACCGAUAUACAUUUCUGGCUCGGCUUCAAGCCAACUAAGUUUUGGACAAUGUGCUGGACGUUGUUGCCUAUAGUGUUAUUGAUGUUUUUGAUACAAAAAAUCUAUCUUUUAACUCAAGUGACAGAUUUCAGUCACAACGUAUCGGCGGUUUUGUGGAUUGUAAUAUCGCUGACGACCGUGGGGUUUUUUCAGAUCAAGACACUAGCGAGAUAUCUCGUUCGGAAUAAUUUGGCAGCAGUUUUCAAUUCCAAUAAAAGAUACGGACCGCCUGAUGCGGAAGAUCGUAGAAAAAGGGAAAACUACGACGAAACAAUAAGUCAUCGACAGUGUAAACACAACUGUAAUAUCUUGGACGACGUCAUCGAUUGUGAUCAUAUGCCAAUUAUGGUGAAGACAAAGUCCACUACAUCAUUGUCAAGCUUAGAUAGGUCUAUGACAAAUAUUUAUGAAGCCGAUCCUUUGAAUACAUUAACGACUUCUAGUGGUUGGUUCAAAGCAGAGUCAGACAACUGAAGCUUAUUUAUAGAUUUUUUUAUUUUAACUUUUAUAUGCAUUUGUGAUAAGUUGAACUGUUGACAAGGAAGCAUUUUUGGAAAGUAGAAUUCAUAAAUGAAAUUAAAACAACACAAAAAUACAAAUCUCAAAAAUACAUAUCUGUGAUUUAUUCGUGUAGAAAUAUAGAUUUUCAGAGAUCGCAGACAUUCAAAUUUUUAAAACCAAUUCGAUAUAUACAUCAAGUGUGGCUAUAAUAUAGCAGCAAAGAGGAAACGAUUCUAAGCACGCUUGCCACUCCGAGAGAUAAACUAAUGGUACCAUACACUAACAAGAUUCGCGGAACGUUGAGAGCACGGUUGCAAACUCCAAGAACAUCAGGCCAUCCCGCAACUUCCUCGAUAAUUAUUUUAAGGGAAACUUGCAGUCGGGCGUAUGCCGAGCUUAAAAGCUGUGUUUUGUUUAUGCUGCGGCACUUCAGUCUAUCGGUAAUUUAGUUUUAAUAAUGUUACGUCUGCGGCUGAGUGUGUUGUCAUUUAUCAUUUUAGAAAACGUGCUAGAGGAUAAUGUUUGAAUUAUUAGUAUUGUGUAUGUUUUUCAUUUGUAUGCUUUUGUGUGCUUUCAAUAAUACCAAUAUAUUUUUAAAAGUUUAAA